AUGCUAAAAUCACUCCUUACCAAAGGUCUGAGCGCGGAUGCAAGAGUACUCGUAAACAAAGCCCGGGUAGAAUGUCAAAGUCACCGACUCACCGUAGAAGACCCCGUGACGAUCGAAUAUAUUACACGUUACAUUGCUGGUGUUCAACAGAAAUACACACAGAGCGGCGGUGUCCGCCCUUUUGGUAUUUCAACACUUAUCAUUGGAUUUGACGCGAACGAGAAAAUACCGAAACUUUAUCAAACCGACCCGUCGGGAAUAUACUCUGCUUGGAAGGCAAAUUCAAUUGGCAGAAGUUCAAAGACCGUUCGCGAAUUCUUGGAGAAAAACUACAAAGACGGUUUGACUAAAGAUGAGACCAUCAAGUUAGCAGUUAAAUCAUUGUUGGAGGUUGUACAAACAGGCGCGAAAAACAUUGAAAUCGCGGUCAUGACCGCCGAUGGUGAUAAUAAG